ACGAGGAUAAUGGCGGAUACCUAUGGCGAAUGACGUUGCCUGUUAACUCGUGUUAAUUCGUUGACAGAAGCGGCUAAGAAGAGGAAUUGAAAGAAAACUGAUCAAAAGAUCAAAAAUAUGCGUCAUAUCUGCAACAAGCAUCAAACAGCGAUUUUUUGUAUGACUGCGUUGGAAAGCUGGAUUAGAAAACGAAGAGUUAUGAAAAAAGAACAUAUGGAGACAUUUACACGAGGUUUUAUGUAGGCAGGUUUGAGUUGCAAGAGCUCUGUUGUUUAUUAUUCCAAGCAUAAUACUAUUAUUACGAUAAGAGUAUGUCCACCAACAUGCUGACGGAACAAAACGUAGUUUUGGAGUCAACUGACUCUAGUGAUACGAUGCCAAUUGGUUUAAUUACUACGGAUGAUGGUCAUACACUUUUGGCGAUGGGUGAAUAUGAAGAUGGUACACUAAAAAUCAUGGCAGCUCCUAUUGCAUUAAUGCCACAGAAUAAUAUGGUAUCUCCAACAUUGGUAAAGACUGUGGAUGGAAACUUUAUUUUACAUUCUCCUGUUUUCCAAUUAAAUGUGGAAGGUCUAUCGGGGACUGGAAUGCAACAAGCAAACCUACUACCGAUGAUACAACAUCUUGAAAAUGGACCUGGGAUUAUUGAGCAACUGAAGUUAGCGCAGAAUGCAAAUGAGUGUGCAGUUACAGAGCCUUUAUCACCUAUCAAAGCUGAUAGCAAUGUAUUAUUAGAUAAAGAACAAGCAACAAUCGACAAUACUAACAGCGAAUCCAUGCCAGUAUCUAUACUAAGAAAUAUCUAUAGGUCUCCGGGUAGACCGAAAAAAACAGGGAAUACACAGUUCCUGAAGUGUGAUAUAUGCAGGCAAGAAUUCACUAAACGGAUGUUGUACCGCAGACAUAUGCAAAAUCACGCUGAAGAAAAGCCACAUAGAUGUCCAAAAUGCUCAGCAUCUUUUAAUAUUCCAACAAAUUUCACGCUUCACAUGGCAACGCAUAAUACCGGCGACCCAAAAUGUCCCGAAUGCGGUAGGAAAUACGCCAGAAUGGCGAGUCUCAAAUCUCACAUGCUGCUACACGAAAAGGAGGAGAAUCUCUUCUGCACGGAAUGCGAGGACGCUUUUUUGACAAAGGCUCAAUUGGAUGCGCAUUUGAAGCUCCACGGGGAAAAGUGGGCGAACGAGGAUGCGCGAAAGUGCAAGUUGUGCAACAAACAAUUUGUGCAGCCCGCACUCUACCGUCAACAUAUCCGCGAACAUUAUAGGCAACAGACGAAGAUAGCCAGGCAAACCAAGAGGGGAACGAAACAUAAAACAGUGUACAAAUGUACCAUAUGUUUGAAAUUCUUCCAAAAACCGAGCCAACUGUUGCGGCAUCUCAGGGUGCACACCGGUGAAAAGCCCUUCAAGUGUACCAUUUGCAGCAGGGCGUUCACGCAAAAGAGCUCGCUGCAAAUCCACACGUGGCAACACAAUGGUGUUCGGCCGCACAGCUGCACCCUCUGCACCGCCAAAUUCAGUCAAAAAGGAAAUCUAAAGGCGCAUAUUCUCAGAGUGCACAAUACGGCAGAGGGUGAGCCAACGUAUGCCUGUUCUUAUUGCUCCUGCGUCUUCAAGAAGCUGGGCAGUUUAAACGGGCACAUAAAACGAGUGCACACUAAUGUUCUGGAGGAAUCCGUUGUCAAGCUCUUGGAAACUAACUCCGUCGUAUCGCCGGAAGCUGACAUGCGUGCGACCGUUGACAGCGUAAUAUCGCAGUUGGCGUCUUUGGAAUCCGCCGUGAACAAUACCACGGAUAAUUCCACAAAGACCGCAACGCUAAAUACAGAAGAGGACGAUAUUCUGCAGCAAGCGUUAAAAAACAGCGGCUUACCGAACAAAAACGAAGUCACUCCGAAAGAAACCGCGGAACCGAAGAAGACGGAUUCGCCAACGUACGUCACAUUACUCGACAGAACCGCCGGUGGUACUUCAAGGAAGUAUCUUACCAUAAAGCAACGCUGCGUGGGAAACAUACGGUGGUACGCGUGUUUAUUCUGCCCGAAAGAAUUCAAAAAACCAUCGGAUUUAAUACGUCACUUACGCGUGCACACGCAGGAAAAACCUUUCAAGUGUAAAUAUUGCGUGCGAUCCUUCGCAUUAAAAUCGACGAUGAUAGGACACGAGCGGACUCAUACUGGAAUGAAGAAGUACGUUUGCGACUCCUGCAAACAAACUUUCGCGUGUCAUAGCAGUUUCACCGCUCAUUUGAGAUUACACACGAAACUGCACAAGUGCAACAUAUGCGACAAGUCGUUCAGCGCGAGCACGAUCUUGAAGAAUCACAUGAAGAGUCACACGCGAGAGAAGCCGAAGAUAUCGCCGGAGGCGGAAAGCCUGGUGCCUCAAGUGGUGCUGCAGGAGCCGCUCGUCAUCAGCGGCGCCGGUAAUAAAAUCAGCGUGGUGCAAGUGCAGUCGAAACAAAAACAGUUGUACGAGAGCGUCGGCGUGGCCAGGCCGCACGAGUGCCGCACUUGUCACGCAGCGUUCAGGAAAAUCAGCCACUUGAAGCAACACGUUCGCAGACAUACGGGCGAGCGGCCUUACAAGUGCGCGAAGUGCGACAGGAGAUUUACAUCCAACAGCGUUCUGAAAUCUCACCUACAUACGCACGAAGACGCGCGACCGUACAGUUGUUCGAUAUGCAACACGAAAUUCUCCACGCAGAGCAGCAUGAAGAGGCACCUGGUCACGCAUAGCAGUAAAAGGCCGUUUAUGUGUCCCUAUUGCCACAAGACGUUCAAGACGUGCGUCAAUUGUAAGAAGCAUAUGAAAAUACACAAACACGAGCUAGCGCAACGGCAAUUGGAGGAACAAAAGACGCACGAGCAUACCGGACAACAGCCUCCGAGCCAGGAUAAAGACGCUGCACCAGCAUUGCCGGAGAGCAUCGCCCUCGCCGAAGACAUGGAGGUGUCGUUUCAACCGCAAAUGGCGCCAGAUUUUACGCAGGCUUUCUCCGAUCAGUUUCAAAAUAUUAGCACGGAGAAGGAGAAGUCCUUUCUACUGUCGGACAGCGCAACGCCAUCGAUUGCGAAUCAAAAUUUAUCUGUCGACACAACUAAUUUGGGAACGUCGCAAACUCUACACGCUGACGAAACCGGUACCAUCACGUUGUCUCAUUAUUCAGGGGAUCAAACUCUCACGCCGGAAAGCAUACGAGAGAUCGAGGAGACUCUAAACCAACAAUUGUUCAAUAUCGGCAUGAAUCUCGGGCUGGAAACGAACAACCUGACGAGGCAGAUGGAUGAUGCGAAUACGGGUUCCCUCGACAAUCCCAGGGAGCAACCGGUGCUGAAUAUAAUAUACGAGCACAACAAGAAUCUGGAUUCAUCCGGCAACGCCAUAUUCACGCCGCAAUUCGACAAUUUCGAUAUGAGUCAAAUUACGUUACAGGCGGACAAUGAGAUAAACAUUGGUCUGAAUCCGAGCAACUCCACGAGUAUGUCCAGCAUCUUGCCCAGAUCCGUGACAGGAAGCAACGGCCAGCAGGAGGAACAACAAGCCGCGCCGAUUACCACUGCCAGCAGCAUAGACGCUUCCCAAAUUACGAGGAACACUCAUCUGAUGGUGAUAAAUCCCAAGGAGAAUUGUUCGGAAUUGAUGAAGCUUUGCCCGCCCAAGUACUCGAAAGUCAUCGCGAAGGCGGACACCACGAAUGAAUUGGAGAUGCGAGGAGUGAGCGGGCCGAAAAAAGCGCCGCAGAAAGGCAACGCUGUAUCGUGCGAGAACGACAGAAGUCUUUUGUUCACGGAGAACUUUCAAAGUACAAUGCAGGAGGCGCUUAUUUCCUCCGACUUGGAUAGCUCGGUCAAAAUAGCGGAAUGCAACACCCUGUUGCAGUGUCACAUGUGCGGCAACCAAGGUUUCACAACGGAGGGAUUGAAGGAGCAUCUAAAAUCUCAUCGCGGCACCAAGGAGUACGAGUGUACGGAAUGUUCCCAGCGAUUCUGCACGAACGGCGGUCUCAGCAGGCACAUGAAGAUGCACACGAAUAAACAGCAGUGGAAGUGCACGACCUGUCAGAAGGUGCUGGGCAGCAAGCUGCAAUUGAAGUAUCACAACAAAGUGCAUACCGAGGCUUGGAACGUUUCGUCUAUGGAAGCGGACAGUUCUCAGAAGGAACUAAUCUCAUCGAGUUCCGGUCUGCCGUCGAUAACGACGCUGGAUGUUCGAGUAGAUGCGGACUCGUCGGUGUCCGAGAAGGUCUUAAUGGACGCCGUUGCCGAGAAAAAGAGUAUGGAUUGUGCGGAUGAAAAAGUGGAGAAGAAGGAAAAGAGGGAGUACACGAACAAGUGCAAGUACUGUCCGAAAACUUUCCGCAAACCGAGCGACCUCAUCAGGCACAUUCGCACGCACACGGGCGAACGGCCGUACAAGUGUGAACACUGCAACAAGAGCUUCGCGGUGAAGUGCACUCUGGAUUCGCAUAUGAAGGUUCACACGGGCAAGAAGACGUGCUACUGCCAUGUUUGCGGCAGCAUGUUCGCUACGAAGGGCAGUUUGAAGGUUCACAUGCGAUUGCAUAUAGGCUUCAAACCGUUCAAGUGUCCCGUGUGCGAUCUGCGAUUCCGCACUUCGGGUCAUAAAAAGGUGCACAUGGUGAAGCACGCGAGGGAGCACAAGAGCGGCGCGAAGCGCAAGCCGAAGCAUCUGAAAGUCGCAGCGGUGGCGGAAGCAGUGGCCAGUCUCGAGAAGGUCGACAAUAAUCCUUUGAACAGCACGACGCCGAUGACGACGGCAACGACGACGACCGUGAUCAACGACGCAGCCGCGUCGUCGCAGAACUUGGAUUAUCCCGCGUUGGAGCACACGGUGAAUCUCGAUAGCGCCGUUCAUCUGCCGAAUCAGAUCGCGUUUAAUUACGCCGACCCGGCGACGACGGCGGCGACGACGGCGACGAUUCUCAACAAUAAUUCCAUGCUAUCCGUGAACGACAGCAACGAACUGGUGGCGAAUCUGCAGUUCCUGCUGGCGAACGGUCUCGUCACCAUUCAAACGGACGACACCCUGCUGACGCAGCCAGCGACAGGCAGCUCCGACGCCACCGGCGCCGCGAUGCCGACCAACGUGAUCGAGCUGGUCAAUCCGAAUCCUUUUCAGGAUGCGUGCAAUUUGAGCAACGCCAAUCACAUGGUGAUAACCAGUCAGGUGCCGACGGAAUCGCGAGCUGCGGACGCGAGCAGCGGAACGGCGGUUAUUCAAAUGAACGAAUGCAUGGCUCCCAUUUCCGUGGUGCAGUUGCAGGAUCAAAGCACGUCCGAAGCGAAGACGAGUGGUCAAUCGAUAACGAUAGCGGUCGAUCAAUCAGCGGCAGCGACGACGACAACGACGACGGCGACGACCGCGAAAUCCGUGACACAGUCUUCGAGGAAGGAUUGCGAUGUAUGCGGGAAAACGUUCACGAAGCCGUAUCAAAUGGAGCGGCACAGGCGCAUCCACACGGGCGAACGACCGUACAAGUGCGAGCAGUGCGGUAAAUCGUUCGCGCAGAAGUUCACGUUGCAGCUACACCAGAAGCAUCACACAGGCGACCGGCCGUAUCCCUGUCCGCACUGCAAACACUCGUUCACGCAGAAGUGCAACCUGCAGACGCAUCUAAAGCGUGUCCACCAGCUGGUUAUGUUCGACUUCAAGAAGCUGAGGAAUCAGCAGAUGCUCGGCGCGCUUCUACAGGACAAUCAAGCGGCUGACGCUAAGCUAGUAAGCCUGGACGAUAUAUUAGUGGUGGAUUUUCUCAAGUAAGACACCGAGAGACGCCUCUUACGACGAGCUCUGUGAUGCGAGCAAAUCGCGAGUAGAUAGAACGCGCGCUAAUUAAAAAGCGUGCCGUAAACGAAUCUUCGGGGAUUAAAAAGUACUGCGCUGUUCCAAGCAGAUCUGAGAAGAAAGAUUUCAAUUUAAGCUAAUUAUUAAAACUGUGAUGUAUGUUCUGUAUGUCGCCGAUGUUACAACAGUAGACGUAAUUUAAUGCCGUUUGUCUAGUUGAACUAUUGUUAUAUUUUGUAUUGCCGGUCCACGGGAUCGUCGUACGCGAGAUGUUUUUAUUUUAACAUGGAUACACGCACAACUGA